UAGACGAACAGUAAAAAAGGUGUGACCAGCGGUUUCGGAAGUCCGUCACUGUGAUCCUGUAAGCUAUGCAGAUGAAUAUUUAUCUCCCCUCACACACCUUUUACUCUCAAUCCUGGUCAUCAGCACAGACUUCCUCUACUCGUCCUAUAAGAUUUGCGUGCACCAAGCACAUUUUAUCUCCUUUUGUAUCGUGUAAGACCACUAUCCUGCCCAAAUCGGUCAAAAAGUGUGAUAUUAGCCACAGAAUCGGCAAAUGGCUCUGCGAAGUUUGUUGAUGCUCCCCCUGGCACUGUCCACUUUCUCAAUGGCUGUGACGCUCUACGCAACCCACUAUGACGGUAACGUCUACAAACUCUCGCUUGAGGGUGAGGGCGAUGAUGUUUCUCUCAAACAGAUUCAAGUGUUGCAGACAUGCGGUAAAGCCCCGAGUUGGCUCACGGUCGACCCCGAACGUGGACUCUUAUGGUGCUCUGACGAGUCGUCGCCGGGGACUUUGACCUCAUUAGAGAUUGGAAAUGAGGGAGCCAUGAAGGAGCUGGUACGAGUUGCUGCUCCCAGCGGUGGUGUUAAUAGCAUCAUCUAUCCUGGACAGAAUAACAAAAAUUAUUUGGCUAUUGCACACUAUGGGGGCACGUCAAUUUCCACAUGGGAGAUCCCAUUCGGAGACAAACAAGAAGUGAGACCCUAUGAGGUGUUGAAUUUUACCCUCCACAAUCCUGGCGAUGCCCCUCAGGACCAGUCACGUCCCCAUCAAGUCCUUCUUGAUCCCACGACUUCAUUCCUUGUGUCACCUGAUUUAGGUGCGGAUUUGGUUCGUGUUUUUUUAAUAGACAAGGAGACAGGCAAACUAAACGCAUGUGACCCAAUUGCUUACCAAGAAGGAAGCGGACCCAGAUUUGGACUGUUCAUACGCUCUGCAGAAACCAUGCAGGAAGGAAAGACUACACUUUACAUAGUGGAAGAGCUAGGCAACCGUCUGUGCUCGUUUGAUGUGUCAUACAGAGAUGGUCUUUGCCCGACAUUUAAGGAAUUGAGCUGUUUUAUUCCUUAUCCAGGUCAUAAGCUCCCCACAAACCUAGCUACCCUAUCUGAAAUACAGGCUGAUAAGCAAAGUCUACAUAUUUCUGUGAGGAAGGAUGGUCUAUUUGACGGGAAUGACUCUCUAGUGACGCUUAAGCUUGCAUCAGAUGGAACGAUCUCUCGGGAGGGAUCACUCAUCUCAUCAGGAGGCGUCAUGCCUCGGGCGCUUGCGAUUAAUAAGAAAGGAGAUUAUAUAGCAGUAGCUAAUCAAGAGACGUCGAACGUCGUGAUUCUAAAGAGAAAUUUGAACACUGGAGAAUUACUGAAGGAAGUAGCCUCUCUGCAGGUCGGACGGAUGCCAGAGCCUGGUCAAUGGAUGGGGUUGAGCAGCAUCCUGUGGCAUGAGUGAUGUCGCCCACAGGCACGUUGUAUGUAGCU